CUUUAAAUGUAGCGCCAGCCAACAGGUGAGGCAUUUGGAUUGACUGAGGCAUUUGACCAGUUUCGGCCAAAGCAUUGAUUUACCUCUGUAAAGGGGCUGGAAUUACUGCAUCGUCUUUUUAAGGGAAAAUACUAAAGAACUUUUAACAACUAAAAGAUCUCCUCCUUUCAAGUGAAAAUGGGGUGCUUUACGUUUGUGAAGGUUAUGAUGAUCCUAUUCAACCUCUUCAUCUUUCUUGCAGGAGGAGCCCUGUUGGGCGUUGGAAUAUGGGUUAGCGUGGAUGGAACUUCCUUUGUGAGAGUAAUUGGCCCCGUAUCAUCUCAAGCCAUGCAGUUUGUCAACAUUGGCUACUUUUGCAUUGUCAUUGGAGCUAUCUUGGUUCUCCUUGGAUUUCUGGGAUGUUGUGGAGCACAGAAAGAAAGUAAAUGCCUGCUAAUACUGUUCUUCGCCAUUGUUCUCAUCAUCUUUAUUGCUGAGAUUGCUGCUGCUGUUGUGGCUCUGGUGUAUUCUAGUUUUGCCGAAAGUCUUCUCCGUGCCUGGGUUACUCCAAUAUUGAGGGAUGAUUAUGGAAGACAAAAAGAUGCAACCGGCAUCUGGAAUACUACAAUGAGUGAACUGAAGUGUUGUGGCUUUACCAACUACACAGAUUUUUCUGAUUCCUAUUACUUCAAUAACAACAACAAAACCUACCCACCUUUCUGUUGCAAUGCGACUAUUUGUACUGAGACAGCAGCAAUACAAAGCCAAAUACAGGGAUGUUUUCGGCAACUCUUUGACAUUCUAAAGGAAAAUGCGAACAUUGUAGGUGGGAUUGCAGCAGGGAUUUGUGUACUAGAGAUUGCUGCAAUGGCGGUGUCAAUGUAUCUGUACUGCAAGAUUGAUGGAAAAUCUCGUGUUUGAUAACUAACAUAUUGCAAGCUUCUACAUUUUUAAGUUGGCUGAGGAGUGUAAUGAAACUUCAGAUUUGUGAAAGCUAGCACAUGAUUGUUUGAUGGUACAUGGAGUUGAAUGUCUUCAGGCACACUUAACUUAGGCUACUUCAUAUUGGCACCAAGAAAAUUCUUGUCAUCAUCCCCUAAGCAUGCGUUUGAAAUUAAUGCGCAGGGACACGUGAGAGGCAACAUAUUGCCCAUUGACUCUAAUGGGUAAUAUGUCAGUCUUUUUUUUGCAUGAAGGAAAAGUACUUGUGUUUCCAUAGCUUUAGUUUCUGAUCUCUUGAACUAGAAAUGAAAUAUUUGCAUGCAGAAAUUAUUUAUUUUGCACAUCUGGAAUUUGUCAAGUGUAUACGAUUAAAACGGGAUGCCAUGUUUAGAUUUAGUGGGGCAAGGGAGAGGAUUGUUAGUUUCCUUUAUGCUGCAUUCAUGGACUACUGGAGUUGUGUGUCUAACCUCCAGCCCAAGGGCAAGAUGUUAUCCUUUAAUUUACUGACAUGUCAAAACCUUUUUAUUCACAUCAGCACUUUAAAAAUCGCAAAUGGUCUCCUGGUCACGGAAUCUUUAUAUACAUAGCACUUCCCUGAAAGAUAAUUUGUAUUGAACAGUGUAAACUUUGUUUUCCUCCUUUAGCACAAAUACAAACGUGAGGUAGGGCAAGACUCCAACUUGAAUAUGCAGAGUCCUCGCAUCAAUAGCAAUGUCCAUGAGUCCCUUGUCAUCUAUUGAACUGAAUGAUUGUCCAUUGUACAGGAUAAAUCUAUGCCUUGUAAAUAACAUCAGAUGUUACCAAAAUUGGACCAGUCUUUGUAUUCUAAUUGUGACUUGUAACUUUAAUUGGAAAUUUAUAUAAAUCAUUGUAUGGCAAUCUUGUAUUUUAAUAAAUAAUAAACUAAUGAAGUCCAA